ACCUAUCCCUCCCAUGUCCCCACCUCCACGGUGCCCCUUUCCCCUCUCCCAAGAAAUGCUUUUCGGUGUGUUUUUCUCGCAAAUCCUCCCUUGUAUAAAAGGCCCAGGCCCUCCUUCGGUGUGUUACCGCUCUGAGCGUGUAGUCUUGUUUUCGGACAUCAUCACGUUGCUCUGAUAUUUCACCCCCAAGCAUCAAUGGCUCUGCGAAGGGUCACCGGCACAGCUCCUACUCUUUUCUCGAGGCUUCUCAACAGCCAUUUCUCUGUUGUCCGCUGCACUCCCUCUGUUUCUCGCUCGUUCAAUACUAACGCACAGCUUUCCAACUAUGAUGACGACGAUCGAAGCGUUGAUAUUGACCGCCGCUCUGAUUCCCCUGCCGCUCGUCGUCGUGAUUCUGUUCCCAGCUUUUUCUCAGAUGCCUUUGAUCCGUUUGCUCCGCCGAGGAGCUUGUCGCAGAUGCUGAACCUUAUGGAUCAAUUCGUGGACAAUCCAUUUCUGGCGGCUUCUCGUGGCGUUGGCGCAGGUUCAAGGAGAGGAUGGGAUGUGAAGGAGGAUGAGAACGCUCUGUUUUUGCGGAUGGAUAUGCCUGGGCUUGGCAAAGAGGACGUCAAGAUUUCGGUAGAGCAGAACACGCUGGUAGUGAAAGGUGAGGGAACCAAAGAAUCAGAAGAUGAGGAGGACGGCGUUAGGAGGUACUCCAGUCGACUGGAUAUUCCGCCCAAGUUAUACAAGAUCGAUUCGAUUAAAGCUGAAAUGAAGAAUGGAGUGCUCAAGAUCAAGAUUCCGAGAGUUAGGGAGGAAGAACGAGAAGACGUUUUUCAAGUUAAGAUAGAGUGACACCUUCGCAUCGCAUGAUUCACCAAAUCCUGAAUCAAACUUCUGCUGUCUUUUCUGUUAGGUAUCGAUGUGUAUCAAGUUUUUUUGUGUUGUGUCUGUAUCGUCGGCUGCAUGCUAUAUCCGUCGAUGGCAGGACUUUUGAAUGAACUAGUUUGUAGUAACUCCACUGGUCAAAAAUAGAAGAUGUUGUGUGGUGUUGUUGAUGUUA